AUGGCGAGUUUGACUGUACCAUCCGCCGUCCCCUCCGUCUCUGAAGACGCCGAACAACUCCGCAAAGCCUUCGAAGGAUGGGGAACAAAUGAGCAUUUGAUCAUUUCAAUUUUGGGUCACAGGAAUGCUGCCCAGCGCAAGGCAAUUCGACAGGCUUACGCUGACAAAUAUGGUGAAGAUCUCCUCAAAGCCUUAGACAAGGAGCUCUCAAAUGACUUUGAGAGGUUGGUCCUGCUGUGGACAUUGGACCCUGCAGAACGUGAUGCACUUUUGGCUAAUGAAGCUACAAAGAGGUUUACAUCAAGCAAUCAGGUUCUUGUGGAGAUAGCAUGCACAAGGUCACCUAAAGAGCUCAUUUUGGCUAGGGAUGCUUAUCAUGCUCGUUAUAAGAAAUCCCUUGAAGAGGAUGUUGCUUAUCACACCACAGGGGAGUUUCGCAAGCUACUUCUGCCUCUGGUGAGCUCAUAUCGAUAUGUUGGUGACGAAGUGAACAUGACCCUCGCAAAAUCUGAGGCUAAGAUACUGCAUGAGAAAAUCAAGGACAAGCAUUACAGUGAUGAUGAUGUUAUCAGAAUUGUGGCCACACGGAGCAAAGCCCAGGUCAAUGCAACCCUCAAUCAAUACAAGAAUGAGUUUGGCAGUGACAUAAUCAAGGAUUUGGAACAUGAUAAUGACAAUGAGUUCCUCUCUAUCCUGAGGGCUGCUUUUGAAUGCCUUGCCUACCCUGAUAACUACUUUGAGAAGGUUCUGCGAGAAGCAAUUAACAAGCGCGGGACUAAUGAGGCUGCUCUCACCAGGGUUGUGGCUACCAGGGCGGAGGUUGAUCUGAACAUAAUUAAGGAGCUUUACCACAAGAGGAACAGUGUACCUCUGGGGAAGGCCAUUGUCAAGGACACUCAUGGAGAUUAUGAGAAAAUGCUUGUUGCUUUGAUCGGGGAGAGUGAUGCUUGA